AUGCAAGAAUCAUUACUUAAUAAUUUACUUAAAUCUCGCUAUCCUCUUAGUUAUUAUCUUAGUCGGCAACAAAAGUUUGUUGUAGUCUCACUGAGAACAUCAACUACAGUAACACCGACUUUUUCUGAAUUUGAAACAAGUGUGAAUUAUCAACAUAAAACACCAGUAAUUAAAUUUUCAAAAAUUUUCGAUUUCAACAAUUCACAAAAUGGAAUGAAUACUGAUCAUAGCCAGUAUACACCACACGAUCAAAAGUUUGAUAUGACACAAGAAUGUAUUGAAAGAUCAAUAUUAAAAAACAAACUGGAAACUUGCCGUAUAUUCUGA